AUGCCUCUGGCACCUUUCCUGCCGACGUCAGCCCAACCGUAUCCUGCUCUACUGGAUGCAUAUCCGUGCCCUGCCUUUAUCGUUCGAGCACAAUCCACACUACGGCCGGUAUGGGCAAACCGAGCCUACAACGCGGCCUUUGGGGUGCCUGGUGUUCCGCUCAAAGAUAGCUUUGUUCAUGCGCUCUCGACGACAGAUGACGGGCAAAGCUAUGGGAUGUGGAGUAUGGAAGCAUCCUCCCAGCUCAUGCCACGACUAGGCAAGAAACGGAGCAGGGGAUUCGAUGAUGGGGUAGAUGCUGGAGACUUUACUACCGCUCCGCUAACGGUGCGAAUACGAGUGGCUGGAGGAGAGGGGGCAUUGCGGCUGGUAAAGGCACGAGUCGAGGACAUGGUGAUUAUGAUAUCGACACUCGAGCUCAGCACCCCACCAUCGCCGAUGGACAUAUCCCCAGCACCGGCCAAGCGAUUUCGCGACAAUUCAUUCACGGGCGCACUAGCUCCCUUGCCUCCGCUGAAAUUAUCAAUCAAUCACAAACUACUCACACCUGAAGGCACACCCGUGCUCCCCAACCUAUCGCCUGACACCUCUCGCUCCGCCUCUGCCUCUGCAACUGGUUCAUGGCCGUUUAAGGUUCCCCAUACAUUGGGUGCCGUCGUCCCGGGCCCUUCUGCAACCGCGACCCAAGCGCUGUUCGAUUCCCAUCCGUGGGAGAAGACACCCCUCGGUGAUCGUUCGACCUGGUCGGAACGGCUUCGCUCAGCCGUCAACAUCAUGCAAACCUCUCCACAUGCAACAGCAAUUUGGUGGGGACCAGAAUAUGUACUUUUGUAUAAUGACGAGUAUUCCAAAAUGAUCGGACACAAGCACCCCUAUCUGUACGGGCAACGUGCCUCGGUAGGCUGGGCUGAGCUAUGGGAGAUCCUGGGUCCUCAGAUGUCAUCCUUGACGGCGGGCAAGGCGCUUUCCAAAACGGAUGAUCUAUUGUUUUUCGACGCCUUGACGCCAGAAAAGCUUCCAAUGGAAACUUACCAUACCUGGGUCUGGAUCCCUUGUGCGGACGAAACUGGACACGUUCAUGGGAUUCUCAAUUAUUCUAUCGAGACAACUUCCAAAGUGAUUGCCAGUCGACGGUUAGAUUGCUUACGAGAGCUGGGGUCAUCUGCGAUGCGAGCUGCUACUCAGGCAGAAUACUACCAGGCAGCGUUGGAAACGUUUGAACAAUACCCUCAUGAUGCACCAUUUGCUAUGUUUUAUUCCAUCAACGCCGAGCCCGUAGCUGCUGAUUCCUCGAGCAACCGCGACCAAAGUUCGAUAGCCAGUACAAACGAUGGCCACUCAUCCCCACGUACUGUCACUAUCAACGCCCAAUGCACCGGAGUUGUCGGUGUUCCCACUGACCACCCCACUGCACCACAAAACAUUACAUUCACUAUACCUCAUAAACGCAAUACCCCCUCUCCUCGUUUCUUUACCGGUCCGACUGCCGGGCUCGGUCUUCUCGAUUUUAACAGUGCAGAUGCUGAGCUAAAGCUCGACGCUCCGGUAUCCACACUUUCUACCGUUCCACCUGACUUUGCAUCCGAUCUUGAAUCAGGCGAUAAUAUGGCUUUCCGAUGGGCUCCUUUUAUUAAACAGUCCAUGACGACAGGCCAGCCCGUUUUGGUUGACUUGCCCGAGCAUGCAACCAUUGGGAUGGAGAAGCGAGGCUGGGGAGAGCACGCGCGUCAGGCAUUGAUAGUACCCAUCAUAGCCGGAUCUGGAGGAGUCGAAGUUGGCUAUGGGUUAGGAACGUGCAAGGCAGUGCUUAUUCUGGGUGUCAACUCUCGACGACCUUACGACAGCGAGUACGAAGGGUGGAUUGAUGUUGUGGGGAGCUCUUUGGGGCAAGUGUACAUGGGCGUAACAGCUCGCGAAGCUGAUUUCUUACGAGCUGAGCAACUUGCGCAAUUGGAUGCGGCCAAGACCCACUUUUUCUCCAAUGCUUCGCACGAACUUCGGACUCCCCUUACGCUCAUCUCUGGACCUAUCAGCGAUGCUAUUAACGAAGCCACUUGCCCACGGUCACAGGAACGGCUGAAGCUCGUGAUGCGCAACGUCAACCGGCUUCGCCGACUGGUCGACACAUUAAUGGACUUUAGCCGCGUUGAAGCUGGUCGACUGGAGGGUCAUUUCCGCCCUCUUCAACUUGGACAGGUUACCGCUGAUCUAGCGGCCCUCUUCCGCUCUACCAUAGAGAAAAGUGGGAUUAAAUAUGUUGUCGAUUGCGAUAACAGUUCGAGUCAGUUGACAUAUGUUGAUCCGGAAUUGUGGGAGAAGAUUGUAUUCAACAUUGUCGGCAACGCUUUCAAGUAUACUCUGAGCGGGAAGAUCAUUGUGACCGUCAAGCAUAGUGAUGAUUGUGCUAUCUUUAGUGUUUCAGACACUGGUGUUGGGAUCCCUGAACAAGAUCGAAAAAAGAUCACGGAGCGCUUUCAUCGUGUUGCAUCUGUAUCGCGUAGUUAUGAAGGUACUGGGAUAGGACUUGCACUCACCAAGGAACUCGUCCGACUUCAUGGAGGGACGCUGACGGUAGACUCGAAGGUCUCUGAGGCGCCUGGGAGCGAACAUGGCUCCACAUUUUCUGUUCGAGUACCUCUGGGGCGGGCACAUCUACCAGAUAGCCACGUCUAUGAAGAGCAACACGAGCACGUCUCUUCGUUCUUUGGCCGCGACUGGAGCUAUGCUCGAACGUUUGUGGAAGAAGUCGCCCAAUGGACGAGCCAAAGCGAUAGCACUCCACAAACGCCUAGCGACGCGCCAGAUUCGCUACCUUCCAUCACUGGAGCACGAGUUGAUCCUGCCAUUUAUUUUUCCAAAUCGGACAAGAUUUUAAUCGCGGACGAUAAUAGCGACAUGCGAGCGUAUAUGAGGCAGAUAUUCAGCAAGUUUUGUACUGUUCUGGUGGCGAAUGAUGGCGCAGAAGCACUAGAGAUAGCUCGAAAGGAGUCUCCGAAUUUGAUCUUGAGUGAUGUUAUGAUGCCGGGUCUCGAUGGCUUCCAGCUCAUAACAGCGCUGAGAUCUUCAAACGAGACCACGCUAAUCCCUGUUAUCCUCGUGACUGCUCAGGCAGGUGUGGAAGGUCGCGUUGAGGGUUUGUUGUCUGGGGCAGACGAUGUCAUAUGCAAACCAUUCCAGAGCCGAGAACUCCUUGCUCGUGCGAACCUCCAUACUCAGCUGGGAAAGCGACGAGUCGAACUGGAGACAAAGUUCAACGAACGUACAGAAGAGCUAAAGAUUGUGACCGAGAGUAGUCCGGUUGCCUUCUUUAGGAUAAACUCUGACAGAGAAGUUGUUUUUGCGAACGCCAUGUACUAUGAGCUUACAGGCCAAGCGAGAGACUUAGGGUCCAAUGACUGGGCUGCUGCGGCUAAGCAAGAACAUUCGCAAGCCACUAUGCAAUUAUGGGAAAGUUCGCAAUACGAACGGAAAGGGGGUUCAAUCAAUUUCCAGUGCAACAAUGGUGUAUGGGUCAAGGCACAGCUUGUGCCCACGAGCCUGGGUAUCGUUGGAACGUUAACAGAUAUCUCCGCCCAAAAGAUGCUUGAAGAAUCAAAAUUGGCGCAUGCGCGAGAAAGCGAGAUGAACGCCAAGCGUCGUGCUGAGGAAGCCGACGAACGCCGACGAGCACAAGAUUCGAAGCUCGUUGUUGCUCUAGAAGACGAUAUUGAUAGCCUGGACGCAGUGAUGCAGUGUGGACUGGCACAAGAACGCAUCGCUAACGACGUUCUUUCGCUGUCACGUAUUCAACUGGAGGUUUUGGCAAUUCAUCCCACGGAGUUUCUGCUCGCCGACGAAGUUCAGAAUAUUGUCUCCAUCUUCAAGAAUGAGACGAAAAUGAAAAACAUUCAACUAUCCGUUGUACUCGGAGAAUCGUUGACCAAAUAUGGGGUUACCACGGUAUUCGCUGAUAAAGCCCGGUUUGCUCAGAUUGUGACAAAUUUGUGCUCCAACGCGAUUCGGUUCACCGAUCUUGUUCAGGGGGAGCGACGAAUUGUGAUAACCGUGGAUGUAUCACCAUCUGCCCCAUUUGAGGGAUCUCCAUGCGUACCGCCGGAGCUGCCUCCUUCGGCGGGAAUAACAGAAUCUCGAAGGUUGUUUGUCUACGUCUCAGUUGCAGACUCGGGACCAGGUGUGCAUCCUGAUGAUGUAGCACUACUAUUCAAGCGGUUUCAACAAGGCACGAACUCCCACGAAGUAUUCGGAGGCUCAGGCCUGGGGCUGUUUGUCUCGAGACAACUUGCAACGCUGAUGGGUGGACGAAUUGAUGUAUCAUCAGAGAUUGGACGUGGUGCAACAUUUAGGUUUUUCAUCGAAGCGACACUACCCAAGCCAGUGAAGUCCGAUGGUACCGGGCAUGUGGAGGGAACAAGCGCCGUACCUCGACGGAUCAAAGCUCUUCGGCGACCCAAUGCAGCAAAAGACCCUCGUCACACUGGUGUACACAUUCUCAUCACUGAGGAUAAUCAGAUUAACCAGAGUGUGCUCAACCGGCAACUCACCAAAGCGGGAUGUGUUACAACUCUGGCAUCCAACGGAUUGGAAGCCAUCGAGAGAAUAUGUUCGCUCGCCCAACAUGGAGAUACCCGGCUCCCGCCGACCCACAGAUCAUUUGAUGUUAUUCUGAUGGACCUAGAAAUGCCAGUAAUGGACGGAUUGACAGCGGUGCAAGAGAUUAGAAAACUGGAAGGUGCGGGAUCUCUACCCCGGAGAAAUUUCAUUGUUGCUAUUACUGGCAACGCUAGGGAAGGCCAUAGACAGAGUGCGAUUGAUGCAGGCAUGGACAUGGUCUUCGUAAAGCCCUACAAGAUUGAUGAGAUUUUAGAACAAAUUGCCUCGGUCAGGUCCUAG